AUGGAUGUUCUGUUAGUCUAUCAGGAUCACAAGCGUGUCUUGAAGGAAUCCCAAUGCUUCGGCCAGGGAUGUGGCCAAGUCUUUCCUUCAGAGAGCCAAGGACCCGGAGGGAUUGCAUGCGUACAAAGUGCAGAAGACUCCAAAUCACGCUACAGUUAUACAACCCGAGUGGUAGACAAGUUACAAAUUAUGGGUGUUUUUUCCAUUCUGUUUAUCUCCGCAGGACUCAGCGCGGCCCAACGGCAGGAUCAGGAGGACCCGUGUAAAACCAAAUCGAAGGUGGUAGGAGAUGUGACAUACUGCGAUCGGUACUGGGAGUGUGUUAACAAUCAGCCAGAACUGUACGACUGUCCCAAUGGGCUCGUGUUUGCCGGAAAGCACCGCGGCGUGACGGAAGGCUGUGACUACCCCUGGCGGUCGGACUACUGCGACGGGAAACAGUUGGCAAAUGGACCCAUCUCGACGGAACACUGUGACUGGCUGUACGGUAUCUUCGGUCACGAAACGUCCUGCACUCGCUACUGGACCUGCUGGAAUGGAACGGCAACCGAGCAGCUCUGCAUCGGCGGCCUGCUGUACAACGAGAAUGCCCACAGCUGUGACUGGCCGGAAAAUGUUGAUGGAUGCCAAAAGCACCCUCUCUGCAACGACGACGCUAAUGGAAAUGUUCCACUAGGAAAGUCCUGCAACCGUUACUGGCAGUGUCAGGGAGGUUACCCACGACUCCAGCGCUGUCCAGCGAUGCUCGUAUUUGACCGGCGAAGUCUGCGUUGUGUCGUUCCACCAACAGAGGACUGCGAUGUUCCAACUACGCCACUCCCGCUCGAAGGGGAGCUGGAGCAAGGCAAGGGUAAUGCCAUUUCGAAUCAGCCGGCCGGUGCGAUUCAGAGUAAAGCCAGCGGCGGACGGAACAAAAACUAA